AUGGAACCCAUAUCCCUAAACCGCCAGGGGAAGUCUCUACCUUUGAGCAGUUCUUCCCAGUCCGUAAAGAAGGCAACAAAGUUCAUAGCUCCAAUUAUCUUCUUCUUUGUGCUCUUUCAGCAUUCUGAUUGUGUAUUCCCUCUGGUAAUCGAACUUUCCAGCACAGUUGUGGACAAGAAUUACAUGUUCAUCCUCUGCAAUUGGAUCUUGGUCCUGAUUGCAAGGAGUUCUGGUCUGAUCGGGAAUGGGGGGAAGAAGAAAGUUGCUGACUUUAAGUCAGAGAUGGAAGUUAGGGAGAAAGUACUGGAAGAGGCAACAGAAGAAGAGGUGAUUGCAGUAGGUGAAAGGAGAGAGGAGGGUAAAGAUUGCAGCUUUGUUACAGAAGAAGUGAUUUCAGAGGGCGAAAGGGAAGAGGAUGAUGAAAAUUGCAGCUUUAUGACAGGUGAAGUUGGGGGUUGUGAUGAGGAGAAGCAUAUAGAUGGAGAUUCGUUUGUUGAAGUUGGACAAGGAGAAGAGAAAAAUGGGUUGCUGAGUGGUGAAGAAUUGCAGAGGAAAUGUGAGGAUUUCAUUAGAAAGAUGAAAGCUGGGAUCAAGUUUGAAGCUCAACAGCAGCAGCAACAGCUCACCAUAGUUCAGUGA